ACAGCAGCUAUCCCAGUUCAAGCUGUUCACAGAGGCGCCCUCUUCUAACAAAGAGUGGAAAGACAGAUGGUGUUACGUGAAGUUGGAUGAGUGCCCGUUCCCGAGGGAGUUGCGGGACCGCUUUUGACGGCAUCCAAAGAUGAGGAGUGCUGCCCUUGAGAAAGACGGCCUGAUCCUGGCAAAAAUCCCGGAGGGCUGGAACAAAAAUAAAGCCAUCAAAGAGUGCACCCUAGAGAAGGAUUUGCAUGCCCUCGGGUUCCGGCGGUAUCGUUUUCUUGGGGAGACCGACGAGAAGUACCCCGAGUUGGACAGAGCCUUCGAGGGAGUUGGAGGUUGGUGCCGAGGGCGUUGAGUUUUUGUACUUAGGAUUUUUUUGUAUUUUUUGAUUGCCUGUUCACGCUUUCUACCCCUCGGUCUAACUGCUUUUUGUUGUUUGCAGGCGCUAAUAUGGACGGAGGGAAACUUUUCACCAUGAAGAAGGAGCCCUCGGGCCAGCAGCCCGUAGAGGCAUUUUUCCAGAAGGAUGUGGAGCCUUCUGCUGUUGUUGCCGCCGCCGAAGGAGUCGGGGCAUCUCAGGCCGAUGCGGCCGCAAAGAAGAAGAGGGGCGGCAAGGGGGUUGAGCCCCUUGCCAAAAAGCAGAAAAUUGUCGGUGAUGUCACUGAUAAGGCGGCCCCCGUAGUCAUCAUAGAGGAUCAUUCCUCUCCCGAGCCCUCGGUUGUCACCGCGGUGACAGCUCUGACGGACCUUCCCCCGGGGGACUUUCCCCGGGAGACUCAGCAACUCUCCCUUGCUCCGGGAGCUUCCGUGAUGCAUGGCUCGGCUGAACCGAAGGCGUUCCUGAGGGGGAUCACUUCGGUGAUGGAUAAGGCGGCCCUCUCGACUUAUGACGACGAGGCCCUUGAGAGCAAGAUCCUCCGAUCUUCUCUAACUGCUUGCGUAGCCCUCGGAGAGCAUGCACGAAGGCUCGAGCAGUGGCAUCUCCACAAGGCGGAGCAGGAUGAGAAGAUGAAGGAGCUCAUCCUCAAGAACUCUGACGCUGUGAAGCAGAUGGCUCAGCUGGAGGAGAACCUUCGGAAGGCUACCGAGGGGGCUGAGCAGAGGCUGAAAGCUGUCGUGGAGGAGGCCAAACUUGAAGCUGAGAGGGUCGCCGCUGAGGCCUCAAAGAAAGCUGCUAAGGAGGCGGAGUCUGCCAAGGCCGAAGCCGUCGCCAAAGCUAGAGAGGAUGUCGUCGCUGCAUUCCGUGCCGAGGGGUGGAUGGUCGAGGGCCAGAAUGAGUGGGUCGCCUCGGUAGUAAAGGCCUCGGUGGAUGACUGGGUGAAGGGCCUUGGGGCUGAUUGGAUGGCUGAAAGGGGGGAUAGCUACUAUCAAGGGGGUGAAUUCUUCACCCAACAUUUGAUCUAUCGGAGGCUCGCUAGGCACUUCGGUGUAUCCCUCGAGCAAUUCGACCCGUCGGUGUACGGCCUCCCUCCGUUGCAGCCAGAUGUGAGAGUCCCCCUUCCCCUGGGCGAGGAGAGGCCGGUGAUUCAUGACUCCAUGAUGAUGGGCGGAGAUGAUGAUGACAUCGGGGAAGAGGUCUCCUCCAAAGCCGCCGAAGGGGCCGAUGAUGAAGCUGCCAACCCAUGACUUGUACUUAGAUUUCUCUUGAGCAACAUUUGUAAUGUAAAAACAUUUUAUGGCUUUCGGCUUCGGCCAGUUUGUAACAAACAUCUUAACUUUUCUUCGAUGAAUGAAUGUCUGCC